ACAGUAAUGUCUUGGAAGGAUGGUUUCCAAUUCCAUGGCUUAAAAUUUUCCAUAAUUGCGAAUGGCUGAGACUUUAAGCCACUGAUUUUAAUUUUACUCCCGAAAAGGGAAUUAAUCACGGAGACUUGGAGCCAAGCAGCCGCUGUUUGUUUCUCGAGAAUAGCUUUUGCAUUAGCCGUUGAACACUCUCCACAUAGAAGGCAGAAUUGAAGUGGAAAUUUUUGGUCAUCCAAAUCCGAAGUCCACGCGAUUCACAAAUGGUGGGAAGCGGUUUCCGCGUGAUUGGGAGUAAUUGGCCACACAACGACCCAAACAGACCGAUUUCUGAGGGAAGUCCUGAGAUGAACCAGUGAGGCUUUUGUCUGACCUGACCCUUCAGAUUCUCAAUCCCUCUCUUUCUCUCUCUCUUCGUCCUCUUAUUCACUCUACGUAAGAGAGAUGAAGAAACCUCGAAAUGGCUCCAUAAAUACAAAAUUUUGUGGCAACAGUGAGAAUAGGAAGAGCUUCUUCGAACUCUCUUUGUCUCUGAUCUUCUCACUGUGGUGCCUUGUGUUCUUGUUCUACUCUAAGCGUGGCCUCAGCCAUGGAAAUGGAGCAAAUUCACAUCCUGACAACAGAAGCAUGCCUUAUUCUACUGUUUGCAAUGGUGAACUUUGCAACAGUGCAUACUCAUAUGUUGCAAAUGGAAGCAGUAAUCAUAUGAAUGGGACACUGCUAGAGUUUAAUAUUUCUAUGCACAGAAAUGAAUCCGCCAUUCCUCGUGACUCUGAAAAUCCGGAGUUCUCACUUAAGGAGGCAAGUAGCUUAGAGGAAUUAGUCUGGAGUAUUCUAGGUUACACUGCUUUAGUCUGUGAAGUACAGCUACAGCCACUAGAAGAACAGAAGAAACAUAUAGCAGAACAAAUACCCAGUGAAAGAACUCACUCCACUUAUAUAAAUCUUGAUGAGUUUCGAAACACAACAAGGCAGGAAAGAAGCUGGAGCAUGCCUAGUCAGCUUGUGAAUAUUACCCACCACCUUGAGCCUGAUGGAACAGAGUAUAACUAUGCCUCUGUAUCGAAAGGUGCAAAGGUGGUGGCUCAUAACAAGGAAGCAAAAGGAGCAAGUAACAUAUUGGGGAAGGAUCAUGAUAAAUACCUGAGAAAUGCUUGUUCUGUUGGCGAGAAGUUUGUUGUGGUUGAACUUGCUGAGGAAACGUUGGUUGAUGCAAUCAAAAUUGCGAAUUUUGAACAUUAUUCAUCAAAUGUAAAGGAAUUUACGUUGUCUGGUAGUUUAAGUUAUCCAACUGAAAAAUGGUUCCUACUGGGUAAUUUUGUUGCAGCAAAUGUCAAGCAUGCUCAAAGCUUUAAGUUGCCUGAACCGAAAUGGGUUAGGUACUUGAAACUGAAUUUAAUCACUCAUUAUGGAUCUGAAUUUUACUGUAUACUGAGUGUUUUCGAGGUGUAUGGAGUUGAUGCAAUCGAGCGGAUGCUAGAAGAUCUCAUUGUGGCUAAUGAAGACCCCACUCCAGGGAAAUUUGUGAAUCCUAAUUCAAGUUCAAUGCCUUCUUCAGAACCAAUUGACAGGAAAAUUAAAGGUGAAUUGCAAAUUGGGGUUGGUAAAGGUACAGAGAACACUGGUGAUGCACCAAUUGCUAGAGUAGGCAUGAUGAAGGAUCCAGCGGCCAUGCAUAAGAUUCCUGACCCUGUAGUGGAAGUUAGACAGAUGCCAACUGGUAGAAUACCUGGUGACACUGUUCUCAAGAUCUUGAUGCAGAAAGUGAGGUCACUUGAGCUGAACUUGUCUGUGUUGGAGGAGUAUAUCAAAGAACUGAACCGAAGAGAGGGGAACGUUUUGCCAGAGCUUGAUAAAGAGCUAUCUAGAAUCUCGUUGCUUUUGGAGAAGAGCAGAGCAGAAAUAAAGGAUCUCUUGGAAUGGAAGGAGAUUACGGAGAAAGGAAUUACGGAUCUUGAAUCAUGGAAAACUGCUGUCUCAUCUCAAGUGCAGGAAUUGGCCAGAGAAAAUGACAUGUUAAGGCUGGAUGUUAAGAAGGUAGUAACCGAGCAGAGUAGUCUGGAGAACAAAGAACUGGCCGUUGUUGCAGUAAGCUUCUCCAUUGCAUGUGUAGCAGUUCUGAAGCUGGUUUCAGACCGGGUUUUGACACUUUUUGGGGCGGCUCAGUCCGGCGAGGUUGGCCGGAAAAGUAGAGGUUGGGUUUUGAUACUUGUUAGCAGCAGCAUGAUGAUAUUCAUCACCUUUCUUUGUAGUUAGCUUCUCCCUUUUUACCAUUUUGUAGCCAUAGAAAACCAGAGCCAUUGUUGUCAUCUAGCCUAUAUAUGUAAUUGUAGCUUUUGUAGAAAAUUAAAAAUUUUGCAGAAAUUCAUAUUUGUUGUUU